AUGACUGCAACAUCGAAGUUAAAGCAACAACAGCAAAAUACAGCAACACCUACUCUUUCAUCAGGAACAGGUUUAACAACAACGAAAAGUGAUUUACGAAAGAAAGAAGGCCUACAAAGAAGAAGAUCAAAUACUUCAAAAUUGAAAAAAGAAAAUGCCGACCUACGUGCAAGUAUUCGCCAUUUAACGAUCGAAAACAACAAGCUCAAACUUUCUCGACAACAAACACCUCCACGUCCAUCACCAACCGAAAUCUUACUAGAUAAUAUCAGCCCAUCGUCAAAGAAACGUGGUAUUUUACGUAUCAAAGAUCAGAAGGAAUAUCUGCCACGUGGUUCUGCAAGAGAUUUUCGGAAAAAAUUGGGAGUCAAUUUAUCUAAUUCUAAUGCACCAAAGAAAACAACACCAUCCAUACUUCGAAAUGCCAUUGAACAAUUUCUUCUUCAAGAUCAUAUUUCAAAGUUAUGUCCUGACAAGAAUAAAGUAGUUGGUGAUCAUCAGGUUCGUUAUCGUCUCAAUCAUCUUUCAACAUUGCAUCAGACGUUUGAAUACGAGACAGAUAUCGUUGUUGACUAUGUUACAUUUACUCGUUACGUGCCAGAUUAUAUUCAGAAACCUACUCAUGAGAAUUGGGGAACAUGUUUGUGUGUAGUCUGUUUAAAUCCACAAAUGAAAUUUGAAAAACUGAAACAAUUAAAACAGAAACAUCCUUCUAUUCAACCUGUCAUUCAUGAUACACCACUUGAUUUAUCAGAAUUAGUGAAAGACGAAAACGAAUUGGAGAAAUUCAAACGUGCAUAUUAUUUUGAGCAACACAUUGCUCUCUUAACUGGUUAUGUUUGGUUAAAGGGUGGCUCAUUCAGUUUUGGUUGUGUUAGUGAUGAUACAAAUCACAUGUCUGAAGCUACAUGGGCAUCAACAAAUGAUUUACUCCAAGAGCUAGUUCACGAAAAAGAAAUCACAAUAAUUAAUAUGAUCUCGGACAGUCCUGUUUCACAAUUUAGAAAUAAGACAACCAUCUAUUUGAUGAAACAAUUCGCUAUGAAGGAACAAGUUGAUCUCAAGUGGAUUUUCCUAGAGGCUGGACAUGGUAAAGGAGUUGCAGAUGCUGUUGGAGCUGCUUUAAAAAUAAAUUUUGAUGAAGUAAUAUCCUACAAGCCUGAUGAUUCAUUUAAAAAUGCGAUGGAUUUAUUAGAUGCAGUUGAAAAUUCAUCUAACAUUAAAUUAUUUAUCUAUGAUAAAUCAGAUAUUAAAACGCUGAAGAAAUCAAUACCAAAACUUGUUACAGUCAAAGGAACAGCUGAGUUUCAUGAGAUUAUAGCAACAAAAGAUGGGGCGCUUUAUGCUAAAAACGUAUCCAGUGCAAAAGAAAAGCAAUUGAAAGCGCAGUUUUGA